UGGAAUACUUGAAAGCCGCUACUCGCAAGUCGCAACUCGCAAGUGCGAAAAUAUUAGAAAUUGUUUGAUACAUUUGUUCAAUGUAUAUUAUAUUUUGUCGAAUAAAAUUUAUAUACUUUUAUUUUCGCAUAGUGGGUUUUUCAUGUUUAAUCGUGUAAAUGGCAUAUUAUCGGCUGUAAAUAUUUGAUAAUGCAUUCAUAAAAUAUUUCUACAGUUUCAAAACAUUACUUAUUUUAUAAAUUGUAAACAUAAUGGAUAAUUCGGUUAUUCAUACCUUAGAAGCAGCUGCUCAAAUGCUGAUGGCACCACCUAAUUUGGUUACAUCUGUGCAAAGACAUCAAGCUGAAAGUGUAUUUCUGGAAUUUAGAAAUUCUAAAAAUCCAUAUCAAUUGUGCCGUGAGAUUCUAGAAAAGUCAUCAUCUGAUUAUGUUUUGUUUGAAGCAGCUGGUUUAUUAAAAACUGCUCUCAUCAGAGAAUGGAAUUUACUGACUGAUAAUGAUAUCUCAUCUCUCCGAGAAUAUUUAGUCAAUUACCUUUUUAGAAAGGAAACACCAUCUUUUCUGAAAGACAAAUUGCUUCAGACAAUAGCAGUGAUAAUUAAGAGAGGAAGUAUAAAUGAUUCUGGAAGAGACAGAAAAGCUUUGUUAGAUGAAUUAGAGAAAAUUAUUUUAGGAUCUCCUAUUGGUCAACAGAAGUUAGCCUGUGCUAUGAUUCAGGCUAUAAUGCAAGAAUAUGCCAUCACAGUAAAAUCUGCCGAUGUUGGUAUAACAUGGGAAGUUCACUAUUGGCUUAAGAAAACUUUUGAGGCUACAGAUUUAAAGCGCAUAUUUAGAUUUACUGUUAGUGUAUUGGAACAAAUUGUCCGUUCUGGAGUUCGUCCUGAAGGUGAUCAGGCGUUAUUGACAAAACAACUUCUAACUAUAGUUGAAACAAUCCUGUGUUGGUUUCAUGUUUCACCACUGCUUUCUAAAAGACUGAUAGGUGAUUUUGAAUCCUUAUACCAAAGUGAUGGUGCACCAGCCUUACGUUUGAAUUUACGUUGGAAGGAUACUAUAUUAAAACCAGAAUUGAUAGCUCUGUUCUUUGAGAUCCAUGUGCAUGUGCGGAUGGAUCCAGAGUUAGCUAAUCCAUCACUAACCUGUCUUGUGCAAUUGGCUCGUUUAAGUGGCAUCAUAUUAUCUGGGAAUAAUCUGAAAGAGCAAUAUUAUGAUAACUAUGUGAAUAAUUUUAUGAGGAUGCUCUCAUUGAUACAGCCGUUUGAUAGAGAAAUGCUUGGGAUAUCUGAUAUUUAUUGCAGAUUGGUGCAGUUUUUUACUCCACCUAUGAUAGCAGCAUCUCCACCGGCAUUUCUGCAAUAUUUAACAACAUACACCUGCCAUUGUAUAAGAGGUUCUAUUAUUGAGGAAGGGAUUAAUGAUGACACAGUUUGGAGAGAGGCAUUAAAUAAAUUCCUGCACACUUGGAGUUCUCUAACUCACGAAACAGAUGGGUUUUCGAAUGAGGCCUUUAUGGGACCUUGUAUAGAGAUCUUUAAUACAUAUUUACAGUGCCGAUUAGCUCCGCCUGAUGGAACUAGAGGUACAGAAAGCAGUGACGGCUGUAACGAAGAUAUAAAUGAUGAUAUACACGAAGACGAGAGACAAUUACAUAGUAAUGUGCUGAUGACGAUUGGGGCGAUAGCUAGGAAGGCGCCUGCACAUUGUUGCCAUGUUUUGUUUACACUGUUAACUGAUAGAAGUAAGAGACUUGAAUCUCAGUUGCAAUUAAUGCACAUGGGCAAAUUAUCUGUGGGUGGAGGGGAGCAACUCAUCACCCUGUUUGAAGAUCUGCAUUGGAUAUUAAUGAUUACAGGUCACUUCAUAGCAGUGGAUUGUGUGGAGGGCGAAACGGUAAUGAUACCACCAGAGAUAGUGCAAUACAGUAUGUCUGAGAACGCGAAUGUCGACGCCUCACUUCGCUACUUGGUCGGCGAAAGUUCCAGUACUGAUAACGUCGAUCCCAUACUUAAAAUAAUGGGUGAAAUACUUCGUAUAAGUAUGUACGAAUACGCGGCUUUAGAAGCUGGGCUGGGGUCUGUCUUCAGCCCUGAAUUGUCUGCCACAAUUUCAUGGUUGCUCAAGAUAUGGGCCAAUUCAUACUUGAUGCAACAGUCUUCGCAAUAUUCUGAGGUGCUAGAAAGCGCUUUCGGGACGGGUUCUCAAGGUUCCGUUUGGUCAAUAAGUCGAAUAACGCGACGCGCAGCGGCCGUGCUACGGCAUCUCUCAUCUCAGCCCGUUGCUGCAACACACGCUACACAAUUACUGGCCACUCUUGCGCACAAUCAUCGCAAAGAAAGUCCUUUAGCAAGUUGCGAGGAGUUCCUGUCGUUAGUGGCGUGGGAGGCCGCAGGGAAUAAUCUUCCCGGUCACGUUAGACGGGAGUUACAUAGAGCCUUCGCCAUUGCUGCUACAUAUUCUGAAGGUGAAGCUCGUUCCCGCCUUUUGACAAGUACCGUGGCGCUGACUGAGAAAUUACAAAAUAUACUAAAUAUGGACUCUGAUACUGAACCAGUUCGAAAUAUGCUCGCUGAUACCCUUGAUUGCUUCAUUGGGGUCACUGAGGGAGUCCACGAAGUUGGGUCUGUGGAUGAGCAGUUUAUGAUGCUGCUUGGCGCGUUAGACAAGGUCCCCGCGAUAGUGUUUAAGUACCACAACUAUCCGGGCGUGGUGUUGCCAGCUAUAAACCUUCUCGCUAGGAGCGCAAAGAGAAUGCUGCAUUCUGUACAAAAACAGAACGUUAACAAGUUCUUAGAAGUAUGCAACACGACAUUUGAAGUAUAUAUGAGAUGGAAUUCUGGUAAAAUCACCAGCAUCCCUCAAGACGCUGAAGAAGAGGCAUAUGAGGACAUAUGCGCGAUAAUGGAGGUAGUUGGGGCAAUAGCCCGUAGUGGUGAAGGAAAUGUAGGCCCAACUUGCGCCCGGGGUUUACGGUUAUUAUUACCUUUGGUCACGCCCCCACUCUUGUCCUUACCAACGCUGGCCUUGCACGCGUACCGGAUGAUACGCGAUUUGGAGAACCACGAUCAGCUCACCAAUCUUCCGGUGGAAGAUUUCGCGAUGGUAGUGUCCGCUCUAAGGGUAGGUCUGACCGCAGUGUCGUGCGAUGUGUCGACACUUUGCUGCGACACCAUAACUGGUAUCGCUAACAAAGUCCGAACACUUGGCUCUGACAACCCCUACGCAAUGUCUCUACUGUCGUUGGCGGAGCUUCUGCUAAUGUUGAUAAUAAAGAUGGAAAUUCCACCAGAUUCUAUUCCAGCGGCCGGGGCUGCCAUUUAUGCCUUGACGUGUGUCAAACCAGCUCUGCUGGAAGGUUUAGCUCGGCAGUUAAUCGAUGCCUUCGCGGCCAAUGACCCCGCAAAUGUUCCGCGGCUGGAAGGGGCAUUUACUGUUUUGACGAAUGGAGUACUCUUUGACGGUUUGAGAACCCAUAAAAUUCGGUUUCAGGACAAUUUUGACAAGUUCCUAACGAGUGUACGCGGGUUUCUUAUUGUAAAAUAGUUUGUCAAUUUUAAUUACAGAACGUAUUUCGAUUCGAAAAAUUGUUUUGACAACGAUUGACAAUUACGAGUGAAAAUUAGUCUCGGUUAUUCGUUUUGGAUAGUAUUUAGGUUAGUAGGUUUAUAGGUAUAGGUAUAGGAGAGCUUUUGCAGAAUUUAUUGUACUUAUCAAAGUGAUUUAGCGGUUUAAUUAAAUCAGUCUUUGAGCAGUUUUAACUAAAACAACGUUUUUAAGGCUUUAUCAAUACUAUUUGUGAAAAAGAAGUUGAAUAUAUUGUGAAAUAUAUAAGUUUGACGUUUAGUCCUUCCUAAGGGCUGUGUUUUAGUAUAGUCUACAGAUUAUGAAUUGUGAAUUUCACGUCGUAAUGUUAGAUUAAGACUUUUGCUAUUAUUACUUGAGAAUUUCUCUUCUCUUAAAUAUGCAAAACAUUUAUAUUAGUACUUUUUAUCUUAAAAAACGUUUUACUCGAGACGGAUAAGUUGGUAAGGAUUAAGAAAUUUCGUACUAACAGGUAUAGUUUUUUGGCCUAAACAUGGUUUCCGAGGAAAUCUGUAUUUAAUUAAUCAACGAAUUAAGGAAAGUGGGUAUAAAGGUUGUGAGUAGUGGGAUAUACAAAUCUAGAAGGGCUUAGGGCGAAUAGGUACGGCUAGAUAGCAAAAAUCUUUAGUAGUCAAUUCUAGUACUUAAAUAUUGACUUUUCUACGUUUAGAAUAUUCAUUGUAUUCUGGAUUAUUUAUAUUAAAAACUAUCUCACUUAUAGUAGGUAUGAAUUUGGUCGUAAAAAAGAUAUUUUCUAUUUUACGAUUUAGGGCUAGCAAAAGCGAAACACAUGAAUCGAAGAUAAUUUUUACGUCUCUCUUGUUAAUGACUAGACAUGUUAGUUAAAAAAUCCUUUUUAUUAUAUUGAUUUUAUAUAAAGCAUAUCAGUUCAGAUUAAGUAAUGUGUUAACUAGAUUAAAAUAAUUUUAUUAGAUGUCUAGCUAUUAAUUAUUUAAAAUUUAAAUAUAUAAUUGCAAAAGCAUUUUGUGGGAUAAUUUUUACUAUUAUAUCAUAGUUACGUUAUUUUCUAAAUAUGGAUAGAAUAACAUUAACAAUACUAUAGAGAGUUUACAAAAACUUUUAAAGAGAAAACAAUGUUGCCAUAGAAUAAAACGUUAUCUUAAAACAAUAUUUGUGUGUGACUUUUUAUUGUGAAAUGUGAAGUAUUUCGACUCGAGGAGUUAGACAAAGAUACCUUGCGUCAAAUAGGCAACACUACAAGCAUCGAAAUAAAUAUUUUUACGUUUAAACAAAUUUCUUUACGUAUAGCAUUGUUAUUGGCCAGUUAUUGAAUUACUGAUGUAAUAAAAGUAAGCCACAUUGUAAGUAUGUUCUAGAAAUAAAUUUUAUUCAUAUUUCUAAAAUAGAUAAGAUUAUAUUAAAUACAAUGUGAUAAUUCGGGAUGCUUUAUAUCUUAAUUGACUUACCUAUCUGAUGUCAUUACGGAAUUUUUUUAGCAACCUAACCUAUAUGGAAAUAUCUCAUAAAUGUGUAUUUCCCCUUAUGAAUUCCUAUUAAGAAGUCUUUAUAUGAAAUACAAUUUUAGUUAAGAAUAUUAUUUUAUAUCGUUUAUUUCUUUAUAAGUUUAAGCUAAACGUUAUUUUUUAAUAUUAAAAUUAAAUAUAUUGACUUAUGUACAAAGUAAUAGAUUAUUAUAUAUUCGCUUUUAUUUGUAACAACUAAAAUGUGUUUUAAAGCUAUUAACAAAUGUCAUUUAUGAAAGAUGUAUC